UUCAGUCAGUGUUCGCUGUUGGUGGUCAUCUCGGUCCAGCCUCCAGGUUUUUCCUCGUCGUCGUAACAUUAAUUGGGCAAUUAGUUUUCCGUGUGAGUGGAUAAUUAAUUAUUGUUUGUUGGGAGGAUUGUCCGCUGGAAAGUAGCUGGUUCAAAAUGAGCCAAGAUCCCUUCCAGGAUAUGCAGUCUCGAGGGCACAAGAGACGAUCUUCCAUCAUCCAACAGGCCAAAAAAGAUGGUAUUAUUCCCGACAGUGACUGCAUGUUACGAGGAUUAUCCGAAACUUUGCAGCCUAGCUUGUUGCGCCUCAGCUCAGGACAUAAUAGAGGAAGUGCUCUGCUGGGAAUGGCGAAAUCCUCUCUGGGACCCGUCGUGCCCACGCCGACGAUGCAAACUGGAAGUACGAGUCGUCGCCCAACUGGGAGCAAGCCGUCCAGUAUUCCACGCCCGAAUAUGAGUGGUGCGAAAAAAUUCAUGAGUUCGGCGGCCAGUUCGGCCAACAAGGUUUCGAUUGGUCCAGGGAAAUCGUUGGGACUACCCAAGAGUGCAGCGUCAGUGGGUUCAAGGCCUGUGAAACUUCCACAACGGCAACCCAUGGGUAGACCUCCGCUACCUUUACUACAUGGAGAAAUUCGUUCGAGUGUAAGGCCACUGACAGCGGAUAGCCUUGGCAAACACGCCUCGCUGCGGCGAUCCACUUCAAUGGAUUCAAAUGCGUGGCAGUCUAAUAUGAUGACUCCGACCCCGGCUCGAAGUAUGGGAUGCAAAACACCCGGUAGCAUGAGGUCGUGGGGAUCGCAGAAUAAUCUUCGAUCUGGACAAGGUUUCAAAGUUCCAGGAAGCAAAGACACAAAGGUGAUGGCAAGUAUGAUGCAGUAUGUGCAUGGUUACAUGGAAUCUUUCGGGUAUCCAAAUUUGCCGUCCUCGCCCAUGGAGUUAAGACAGAUUUCGACAAAUACAUACAUGAAAAUGGUUACCGCGGUUGGUGAACAGUUCGUGGGGCACAAAUUUUUUAUGGCCACUACAAAGGAGGACCCCAUCAACAAAAUUGUUGAGUUGGCAAAUGUGCUUAAAUACCCUACAGCUAUUUCAAAAUCCCACUUAAAAUCAGCAAAUGCACAACAUGCAUGGCCAACGUGUCUCACGUUCCUGGCAUGGCUUUGUUGCCGAGCUGACGCAGCUUAUGCUGAAGAACCUGAGAAACCAAUUAAUGACAUGUUGAACGAAGGAUUUCCAGAGAUUGCACGCACGAACUUUUUGAGAGUUUAUGAAGCUGAACGUGUACAACUGAAUGUGCAACAGGUUCUCGACGAGGAGUUGGCAAAUUUCAGAAUUACAGUUUCUGACCAAUUAAUGGGAGAACUCAAUGUUAGUGUUGAAGACUUGGUUGCAAUGAAAAAUGAAAAGAUGGAAGAAUUAGAUGCCAUUAUUAAUACUCCUGAUCCAACUAAGGACGUUCUUGAAGCGAUUGAAAGUAAGGAGAAACUCAUUGUGGAGACAAAAGCGAAAAUAAAGGCAGCGAAGGAGCAAAUAGCUGUUUACAACGAUAUUAAUGCUCUUCAGAAUCAGUCAGUUUUUCUUGGGAACCAGAUUCGAACACAACAAUCAGCAAUACAAAGUUUGCAGUCUCAAAUCCAGUCACAGCCGAUUAGUAGAAAAAUGGCGAGCAAGAUUAUUGCGGAUACUGAAGAAUUUCAGAAGGAGCGACAGUGUCUUAUAAUAAUGAAUCGUAAUCUUCGAGCACAAGCUGAUGAAAAGAAAGCAAUCUUAAAGGAGUUGGAUGCCAAGUACAGAGAAAUUGUUACAAAAUUUACUGUUGUGGAAUUAUACAACACAAGCCUAUCUCAUCUGGAUAUAACUGGACUCUCCGUUCCAUUAAAUCCCUUGAAUCCACGUCAAAUAGAUCCUUGGCUCUCAUCUGUGGAUAAAAUUCUGGAGAAAACAAAACACGCUACGAAGAAAUUGUUGAGCGCUGCUGGUAGGGAUCAGCAAAACUUCGAACAAUUGAUUCGACGAGCUGAAGAACAAAAUAUUGUUCUAAGAAGGCAGCUGGAAACUAAACGAGCUAGCACGAAAGGUGGGACGCGACUGCAAAUUAAUUCUGAACAAAAGAUGAAAGAUGAUCUCGAGAAAUUGGAAGAUGACUUGAAAAAGACAAUUGCACUCGUUAAAACCAAAGAAAUUGAGUUUGACAGAGCUCAGAAAUUGCAUGAUGAAAAGGAGCUGGAAGUAAAGUUCGAGACGGAUGAGUUGCAACAGGCACUGAGAGUGGAAAAGGGUUGGCAGGACGAAAGGGAAAAGUGUCACGCGGGGUACUUACAAAUCCGGGCUAAAAUGCAUGCAAGACUUUCUGAGAUCGCAGCUGGAAUAAUUGAUAAAGUUUCAAAGGAACGGACCGACGGAAAAAAGAUGCUCGACAAGUUGAAAAAGAUUUUUAAGAGAAUUGAAAAACUGAAAGCAAAGUUGCCCUAUUCAUUGAGAAAAAAUGAUGAGAAUCAAAGUAUUGUUGUUACUGCUGAAAAGACCCAGAUAUUGCAUCCAUGUUCUGCACAGUCAUCGGGUUUGCCUCUUUUGGAAGUUCAACCACUCCCACUGAAACCUACGACUUCCCAGCCGGAUCCACAGCAUCCAUCCCUCCAAGAAAUGCAGUGGGCCCCUGUUGAAGAACCACGGCACACAUCUCUUGAAGAAACACACUGUCUUUCCAUACAAGAAUCACAGGGCCGGUCUAUUAAUGAAACAAUGAAUUUAUCGCGCCUAGUUCCGCCUCCACUUCCAUUCCUGCCACCGCAACCUCCUCCUCUUCCAGAAUUUCUCCCAUCGCAUUCGCGUUCGAUGUACACAUCAAAGAGCAAGAGACGAGAAUUCGACCUGGGUAUGUGUAAUCUGUCAAUCUCUGAUCAUAAAGAAAAUGAGUCUCCUUUCACGACAUCUGGAAAGAUGAGCAGCAUCGUUGGCCCACAGCCUUCCAAUUCUAAGAGUCUCGCACCUAUGCCACAAUCAUCUCCGAAAGGCUAUCUCCAGCUUAACACAACUUUCUCUGUCCAGUCUAGUAAGGCAUAUGAGAGUGAUUGAUAAUUAUCUAUAAACAGUUCGGCUUUUUUAUUUAUAUAUUAUUUUUUUAUUUACGUUACUAUUAUGCCUUUUCUACAAUUUAAAAAUUUUUGUAUUAUCAGUGGUGAACACUUGCCGGUUCACUGUCAUCCUCGUCUCCUACAUAGUACAUAAAAC